AUGAACUCAGACAGCAUGAACGAUUUCAAGCUGGAUCUUAGCCCAGUUGUUGGCUAUACCAAUGAGCCAUUGCUGCCACUUGUCAAGGCAUGUGCUCCACUGUCGAAUAUUCUCUACAAUUUAUCGAAAUAUGUUGAAUUGGCACUCGACGAAACUCCAGAAGAGCCAUCCGAUGGACUAACAAUCGAUGAGAGUGCUGCAAUUCGACUUUAUACACUAGAAUGGGAACGACCACAUCAAAGUCUCUAUUCGAUGCUCAAUUAUACGUUGAAGAUGGCCAAUCGUGAAGAUCUUCGACCUUAUUUUAAAUAUCUCAAACUGUUCUUGACUGCUCUUGCCAAACUACCAUGUGUUCCACCUCUGACUGUUUGGCGAGGAGUGACCAAGAAUUUGAGUGAAGAGUUUCCAUCUGGUACCAUCGUGACAUGGUGGACAUUUUCAUCAACAACAACUUCACUGACUGUGCUCAAAAACAGUAUAUUUUUGGGCAAUACAGGAGAGCGAACACUCUUCUCUGUCGAAACAAUCAAUGGUCGAACAAUACGAGCACAUUCACAUUUUGUCACCGAAGAUGAAAUUCUUCUUCUGCCUGGCACUCACAUGAUAGUUCAAUCUCAAUUGAAUCCAGCUCCUGAUCUUUAUAUUGUUCAUUUGAAACAAGUCGAACCAGAAGAAAUAUUACUCGAACCACCUUUCGAAGGUGCACAUCUUUAUCCAGUAGUUAAGUAA